CUAAUCCAAUGCAUGUACAGGGGGUUAAAUAUAUACUCUGUGUGUGUUCAGAGACACUUUCUAAUAUCUCUCUUCACUAUAUAUCCUGGACAAUGAUAUGUGCGUGAAAAUAACUUAAUGAGGGACUGAUAUUCUGCUCUCAGCAUUACACCCCCCCCUGCGUGUAGUAGUUCAGUCUGUGGACGGUUGGUCGGUGAGAAGCAUGGACUAGGUGGGCGCUCUGGAGAAGAAACAAGUGACGUCAGGAGGAAGACGGAGAGCUGUAGAGCCGUCCGUGCAGGUGACAGGUGUGGUAUCCCCCCUCCUUUACAGCUCUGGCCUUCUGUUACUUUGUAGAUUCUGAGUCCAGUGUGGAUCCCAGCGGAAUGGAAAACUACAUCCUUUAUGAAGAGGUUGGGAAAGGGAGCAAGUCUGUCGUAUACAAAGGUAGAAGAAAGGGCACAAUCAACUUUGUGGCAAUUCUCUGCAUCGACAAAAGUAAAAGGGCAGAGAUUACAAACUGGGUCCGCUUAACACACCACAUUAAGCAUAAAAAUGUGGUUACGUUUUAUGAGUGGUACGAGACCAGCAACCAUCUGUGGCUUGUUGUGGAGCUUUGCACAGGAGGCUCUCUUGAAUCAGUCAUUGGUCAGGAUGAGCACUUGCCUGAAGACACCAUUCGAGAAUUUGCGGUUGAUAUUAUUUCCGGACUCCGCUAUAUCCAUGAACUUGGCAUACUUUUCUGUGAUCUGACCCCUCGAAAGAUACUUCUGGAUGGACCUGGCACCUUGAAGCUAACAAAUUUCAGCUUUUCUAAGGCUGACGGGGAAAACCUAGAAGAGUUUUUUGCAAUGGUCGGAUCGGAGGAAAAUUCAGGCGAAACCGGGGAAUCUACACCACGACGAAGCCUGAGGAACCGUAUUAAAGGGUCUCCAGUUUAUGCUGCGCCAGAAAUAAUCAAGGGAGCAGAUUUCUCCAUAUCAAGCGAUCUUUGGUCUUUAGGAUGUAUCUUAUAUGAAAUGUUCUCUGGGCGUCCUCCGUUUUUCUCUGAAAGCUUCUCCGAACUGGUAGAGAAAAUUGUAAAUGAGGAUUUUGGUCCACCACGAGGACCAUCAUCUGCUAAGCCCUCUCCAGAGUUCCAGUCAUUACUUACUGGCCUGCUGCAGAAGGACCCUCUAAAGCGAUGUACCUGGACCGAGUUAUUGAGCCACUCUUUCUGGAAAGAUGCAUUUUUGGGUGGUGACAAUGAUGUCCCGGAUGUCAGCACCCUGAGGAUAACUAUGGAAGAUGUUGAGAGUGACGCCACGGACAGGCCUGACACUCCGGGAAAUUUACUCAAGUCAUUUAAGAUUGAAAAUCCUGCACAUUUAAGACCCAAAAGUGCUCUGGACGGAGAAUCGAAUGAGGCAAUUUUCUCAUUAAGCUCCUAUACCACUCCAAGGGCGAGCACUGCUGCAACCAAAGGCGCCAGACUACCCCAGCAAAAAGAUGCAGCCACAACAGAUGCUCCAAAGGUCAUGGUGGAGAGUAUGUGCACAGAUCGGGAGGAUCUUGAAAAGAAGAUAAAACGGCGUAUAUUGACAGACUCUGAUCUCAUUGUGUCGCCUAUUCUAGAUAACCCAAAGAUUAUGAAGCCAACUCCAGUAAGAUUUGAUGGGAAAACAUUGGGAUUUCCAGCACAUUCUGGAGAAAAACUGGCCUCUCUGAAAGAGCCCGACUGGACCAACCUUCUUACACAACUGUGCUUCUUGCUGGACUCUGCUGAGAAGGUGGCGCCACGAGCCAAGCUUAAUUUACUCUGUUACUUGUGCACUGUGUCCGGACAUAAAGACGCGGCCACCAGACUAAUCCACUCCCAGAUUUUUCCAUCUCUGAUACAGCAGUUGCGUGGAGCUCCAAAUUGGGAUAUACGUGCGAAGGUGGUGAGGGUUAUUGGCUUAUUGGCUGCACACACGUCAGAGCUGAAAGAAAAUGUUCCUGUCAUAGAGGCACUCACCUUGCUGACUGAGCUGAUUAGAGACAAUUUCAGAAACAGCAAGUUAAAACAAUGCCUCUUACCGACUCUUGGAGAACUUAUUUAUACCAUUGCUGUUCAAGAGGAAAAAAGAGCUCACCCCAGAGAGCUCUGGACCAUUCCCCUGGCUGCAUUCACUCUGCUAAUGAGGUGCCUUCGGGAAGGGGAAGAACCUAUAAUUCAUCAUAUGACGGCAAAAAUUAUUGAAAAUGUGAGCACAACCGUAACUUCACAUGUCCAGGGGUUCAUCAAUGCAGAGAUUGGACCUGCACUUUGGUACUUGUUUACACAUUCAACUGUUGAUUCUCUUAGGAUAACGGCCAUAUCGGCUUUAUGCAGGAUCACUCAUCAUGCUCCCUCAGCCUUCCAGAGCGUCAUUGAGAAAGCGGGACUUGUGUCGGUGAUAAACACAUUAGUGACGGGAAUAGCCAAAGUGCAACAGUACAUGCUGACCAUGUUCGCUACAAUGUUGUCAGCUGGAAUUCAUCUCCAAAGACUCACACAAGAAAAGGACUUUGUUACAAAGAUAGUUCGUCUUCUGGAAAGCCCUUCCACAGCAACAAGAGCCAAAGCUUUCCUGGUCAUUUUGCAAGUUUUAAUUAACAACAAAGAGAUGUUGCUUCUCUGCUGCCAAAGCAGACUUGUGAUGUACAUUGAAAGAGACAGCAGAAAAACCACACCAGGAAAAGAGCAGCAAAGCGUCAACGAGUACCUGUCAGUAUGUCUGGACCUCCUAAUCCAUCACAUAGUCCACGAGCUGCCAGGAAUUCUGGGUGAUAUUCUCAAUUCCUUGUCAAAUGUGUCCGGACGCAAACAUCCCUCAACGGUCCAGGCUAAACAGCUGAAAAUGUGCCUUCCUAAUAUGGCGAUAAUACUUCAUCUUGUAACGUCCCAGGUAUUUCGUCCCCAGGUGAUCACUGAUGAAUUUAUCUACAACUAUGGCUCAUUGCUAAACCAAAUUAAAUCUGUAGACACUGGUGAAACUAAUUUAGAAGGAGCAGUGGGUCAGGCUGCAUCAGAUGAACUGAUCAGGACAGCUCUAUCAGCGUUUGAAGCUGUGACACAGCAUCCCGUCUUGUUGACACUUCACCACUCCCCAGUUGUGGACGCUAUCCUCCCACCAUUAGUCUCCCUAGUCUGCAGCCAGAAUGUGGAGUGGAGGCUGUUCAGCUUGCGGCUGCUUGCAGAAACCACAUCACUGCUUGUAAACCAUGAAGCUGUGGCUGAAGGGAGGAAUGCGGGCCUUCAGUCAAACACCACAUUUCUGUCUUUGGUCCGAAAGUCAUUACUCCCACAGUAUGACAGAAUUAUUCUGGAACCUGAUCCUGUACCUGUGUAUGGAUUAAAGUUGUUGGUGGCUUUGACUGAGUACAGUCCAAUUUUCAUCAGGGACAUUGAAGAGAGCAACCUUGUUCCUGUACUUUUCCAAGUGAUUUUGACACAUCAAGAUAAUGUGCUUGGAAAUGUAAUUCAGAAUGUGAUAUCGUUAUUAUACAACUUGGUUUCUCAGAAAGAUACAAACAUGAAGCUUCUCUAUGAGCAGGGGUUGGUCCAUCAUGUUUCAAACUUAAUUGUGGAAACAGCAGCUUUAUAUCUGGACGAUGACAAAAGCCGGCUUAAAGCUGCCAAUGCCCAGCUUCUUUCACUGCUUGAUGUGCUGCAUUGUAUUCUGAAAUACACAUCUGGUGUAGUGCGAGUGGUCAUUCAGGCUCAGAAGACUGGACAAGGUGGAGACACGCACAUAGCUGAGGAACUUCUGAUUGUGAAUAAACCUUUGACAGAUUUAAUCAGUUUGCUUGUUCAGUUGCUGCCAUCAGAAGAUCCAGAAAUCUAUGAAAACUCCUCACAAUGUCUGUCACUGAUGGUCCAGCUUUAUGGCGGAGACAACCAAGAUAGUAUGACCCCAGAUAACAUGGAAAGCUUUGCUCAAGUUCUGAUGUCCAAGAGAGAACCCAAGCAGCAAAAACUACUGCUGAGAGUAAUUAAGCGGCUGAUAACAUCAAACGAGAAGCAUUUACACAGUAUGAAGAAUGAUGGGGAUCUUCUUAUCCACACUCUUGAGAGACUCACACAGGAUUCCAGCUUGAAUAAAGAUAUUGCGGUUACUUCUCUGGCAUCAGAGAUCCUCAGCACAGUAGGACGUCAAUAGAAUCCAGGAGAAUGUUAUCGUUACAUGCUCACAAGGACUGGAAAAGGAAACUUCAUAUUGUACAAAAAUUCAUCCACAUUCUUGAAGGUGCAAAUUGUUAUUUUCUUAUUAGAAAACCGUUGCCUUAAUGUUACUGUAUUGUUGAAUGUAAAUGUAUAUCUUUUGUAUGUACAUGUAUUAGGGUCUGUGGUCUUCUGACCAACAGAAUAGCUAUGCUAAUUGGCUUGAAAACACACAGGUGCCUGGAACAAUUGUCUAUUUUCUUAUGAAAUGCAGUUUUUCUUGUUUUAUAUACCUUUCA